AAAUCUUAUCUCUAUUAUUCUCCCUUUAAUUUUACUGCAAAACCCUUCGCUGCAGACACCUUUACCAGCCAAUCAUUCUCGGAUUCUUUGUUCACCAAAUCCACCACAGCAUCUUCUGUAUUCAAACAAAUCGGUACCACUUCAUCAGCAGCCUCUGGUUUUGUAACAUCAGGCAGCUCAACCUUUGGUUCAACUGCCAGCAAUGAUGGCGCUAAAUAUACCGGACGUUUUGGCGGUCCUCCUGGUGUUUUGGCCCCACAGAGUAAUGGCUUCACUACCUCCAGCACAACCGUAACAAAAACAUAUAACCAGCCCGCAUUUACCACUUUUGGCGUAACAACCUCUCCCGGUUUUGCAACAGCCAAGAAAGACAGAUUCACCGGCAGCUUUGGUGGACCACCAGGUGUAUUGAAACCCUAUGAUAAUGUUAAGAAUCGUUAAAUGAAUUACUCUUUAAAGAGAGGAAAGCAAGAAAUAUUAUUAUUAUUAUUAGUUUUAGUUAAAUUAUUUAUAACAUUGAACAGAAAUUUAAAAGAAACUGGACAAUAAUCAAUAAACAGACAUAAGUUUAAAUUGUUUAUUUUCUUUACAAAAAUAUUUGUUAAUUUGAACUUUAAAUAACGAAUACUCAUCUAAAUUGUAUAUGUAUAUGUAUGUAUGCAUAUGUAUUGUAUAUUAUUAUAACACACAAUAAUUUAUUAUUGUGUUUCUUUACACACGUUAUAUUUUGUCAAAAAAAAAUAUUUAAAAUAAAUUAAACCUUAAAGCGAUUAUCCCUAAUUUUGUACCAUAAAUAUUAUAAGUUAAACAUAUUAAAAAAAUAAUGGCUUUAUUCGGUUAUUUCUUUUUUAUAUUUAAUAAAUUGCUAAUAAAAUUUAAAUGACAAAAAAAAUUAAAA